UUGCUACCUAUUUGUCAAUAUUACAAUUGCGAAUAAUUCUCAUCUACUCUGUCUACCAUGUCUUAGCUUCUUGCAAAUUGUUAGAUACUCCUGGUAUUUGUGAAAUCAAUCCCAGGCAAAAAAGAAAAAAUGUCCUCUAGCUAUUUCUUGAUCAACGAAUCUUUACUUCCAAUCUGUUACAGUCUUUAGCAUUUCCGAAAAAAAUCUGGGAAGAGUUACAAUGGAGGAGAUGAUCACGUUCUUGAUUCCUUGGUCGCUCCUUCUCUUCUUCAUCUUCUUCUUUCGUAUGAUUAAAUCUUCGAAAAAGCAACCACUUCCACCAGGUCCUUAUCCAUGGCCAAUAGUAGGUAACCUUUUCCAAAUGGGAAAGAUUCCUCAUAUUCGACUUGCGGAGAUGGCCCAAGUACAUGGACCACUCAUGACGCUUCGCCUUGGUCAACAAAUCACCAUUGUUGGAUCAUCAGCUUCUGCAGCUUCAGAGAUUCUCAAGACCCAUGAUCAUCUGCUUGCUGGUCGAGAUGUACCAAGAUUGCUUCAAGGUAAGGAAUCGAUUGUUCACAAUAUGAAUCUUGUCUUUUCAUCAGGAACGGGUGAUGGUUGGAGGAAAAUCCGGAAUCUUUAUGCAUCAAAGAUUUUUUCAAGCAAAGCUUUGGAAUCUCGUGUGGACAUGAGAGAGAAGAAAGUUAUGGAGAUGGUGAAGUACAUAGCUUCAAAAGGUGAUUCUAGUGUAGGUAUAAAGGAUGUCAUGCUUGUAACUGCCACCAACAUCAUAGGCAAUACAUUAUUAUCGAUAGAUCUUGUGGACUUCGAAGGCAAUGGUAUAGGUGCAGGGAUUAAGGACUCUGUAAGAAGACUUUCUACCUUAGGUGCUCAACCACAAUUAGCAGACUUAUAUCCGAUAUUUGGUCGAUGGGAUCUACAAGGCUGGAAAAAACAGGUUGUUCAAAUCAUAGAACAAGAGCUUGGAACUAUUUGGAAGGAUAUCCUCCAAAAGAAAACAAAUGGAAGUAAUACAUCAUCCGAUCAACAAGAUUUCACUGAUAUUUUGAUUGAAAAAGGUAGUACACAUCAACAAAUCAAUGCUAUGAUGCAGGAGCUGUUUACGGCUGGCACUGAAUCUAUGAAUUUUACCACCGAGUGGUUAGUUGCAGAGCUUCUCAGAAACCAAGAGGUAAUGCGAAAGGUUAGGGAUGAAGUCAGGAAAAAGAUAGAUGGGAAUGUAGUGAAAGAGUCAGAUUUGGUUCAUUUUCCCUUUCUGGAAGCAUGCUUAAAGGAAACCCUAAGAUUGCAUCCUCCAGGACCACUUCUUCUACCUCAUAGAGCUAUGCAAACAUGUGAGGUGAUGGGAUACACGAUUCCAAAAGAUAGUCAAGUGAUGGUUAACAUCUGGGCAAUUAGCCGUGAUCCCAAGAUCUGGGAUGACCCUUUGAGCUUCAAACCUGAAAGAUUUGUGGGAUCGGAGAUGAGUUACAUAGGUAAAGACUUUGAAUACUUGCCAUUUGGUUCUGGGAGAAGAAUGUGUCCCGGAGAAGCAUUGUCGUCCAAGACAAUACUCCUAUCUGUGGCUUCUUUGAUUCUAAACUUUGACUGGUUCCUCGUGAAUAACACAAUGAAUCCCGAAGACCUUAACAUGGAUGAUGCUUUGGAUUUCCCAUUGUACAAGAAAGAACCAUUACAUGUAACUUUCAAGCUCCGUUGAUCAUCAGUUGAAGACUUGUUGAACCACAUCAUGGAAUGGGUUUGAUAACCAAUUAAGUGUGUAUGAUAAUAUUCACCGUGUAACUGGAAGGCCUUUGUGUAUGUGGUGAUCAAAUAAUUAAGAUGUGCUGCGAUUACAUUUUAAAAUGGUGCCCUUGAAAGUAAUGUUAUUUUAGAAAACAUGUUAUGUGUUGUUUGAAUUUUAUAUUUUAUUUUCAAUCAAUCGGUCUAUUCAAAAUUUA